UAUAAAUUAAAAGGCCUCUGCAAAUUACAUGAGCAGCUCUAGAAACACAUGUCCUGUCUCGUUGGAAAUGUUGUAAAUGUUCUGAAUAUAAUCAAAUAGAGAUGAUGUGGAGUGCUGAUGAGAUAGCCAGUCUGUGUUAUGAUCAUUUUAAUAAACUGCCUAAAAGAGGAAAGCCUGAGGAGGGCAGAGAGUGGACUUUACUAGCAGCUGUACUUCAACUCACUCACAGUCCAGAUUACGAGACAGUUAGCAAACAGAUUGUGUCUUUGGGGACGGGCACCAAAUGCAUUGGCAAGUCUGUCAUGAGUGCGAAUGGUGAUAUUCUGAAUGACAGUCACGCUGAAGUUAUUGCACGCAGGGGGUGUGUCAGAUAUCUCAUGGAGCAGCUGUACAUGGCUGUAAGUGGCAAGAGUUCAGCGGUCUUUCGUCCAGGUACUGAUAAAGGACAGUGGCUGGUUAAACCAGAAGUUUCUUUCCUUUUCUUCACCAGUCAAACACCCUGUGGUGAUGCCUCCAUCUUUCCUAUGAAUUACAAUGAAGUGCAGCCCUGUAAGUCUGUAAAAGAGACCCAGAAUAAAGAGCUAGAAAGUCGAGGUUUAAAGCGGCUGGCUGAUAGUGACCUAGAAGAGCAUCCUAGAAUAAAGACACGAGAUGGACAUUUCAUUUUUGAAAAAUCAGUGGACGGCGAGGAACACAAAUCUACGACAGAAAACAAAGAAAGGAGUCAAUCGGAACACAUUUUAAAACACGACCUCCACCGCACCGGGGCGAAGUGUGUCCCUGAUGGUCUGACCGACCCACUGCAGCCUGGACUACUCUACCACAACACUGGGCUGUUGCGUCUGAAGCCGGGCCGGGGAGACGGCACACUUUCUCUCUCCUGCAGUGAUAAACUCGCCCGCUGGGGUGUUCUAGGCUUUCAGGGUGCCCUGCUUUCUCAUUACCUGCAGAACCCAAUCUAUUUCAGUGCGGUGGUUGUUGGGAAGUGUUCAUACAGUCACCAGGCCAUGGAGAGAGCCCUGAACACACGAUGUGCUCUUGUGACCGGUCUUCCGUCUGGUUAUUUCGUAGAUCCUCCAAAGCUUCUGCAGUCUUGUCUGGAGUUUACUUAUAACCACACACACACCGAGGUCCAACAUACACAUGUACAAGGCAAAAUAUCGCCAUGUGGGGCAGCUAUCAGUUGGUGUGCCGUAUCCCAGCAGCCUCUAGAUGUCACUGCCAAUGGCUACAAACAGGGAGUGACUAAAAAAGUUUUGGGCACACCAAAAGCCAGAUCUUUGAUCAGUAAGGUGGAACUUUUCCAUUCCUUCCUGAAACUGGUGGCAGUAACCAAGCAAACUCAACUUCCAGAGACCCUCUGUGGAAAAGAGUUGAGAACAUACUGGGACUACAAGCAAGCUGCAGGGCCAUACCAGCAGGCCUGGACACAGCUGCAGCUGCAGGCCUUCCCGCUGUGGUGUCGCAGCCCGCGAGAACUUCUGCUCUUUCAUUAACACAUGCAACAUUUCACCACAAAUAUGUUCUUUAAUGUCCAGCAUUAGUACAUUGUGUAGAGCAGUAUUUUUUUUAUUAUUCUAAUUGGUAGAGAAUGUGAUAUUUCUGACCUUUUGAAACUUUAAUUUUUCCAUGUUAAUACUAUAUUUACUAUCCUCAUGUAGCUCCCUAUAGUAACUUCUUGCAAAAUAAAAACUAUUUUUGUCUGUAUUUUUUGUCAAACAUGUAAGAUUUUUAUGUUACAUAUUUGCCAAUGAUUUCUUCAGAAGUCAGAAGCUUUGUGUAAAGGUACAGACUCGCAAUCAGUAUUUAUUGAUUUAUCACAUAGACUUGUAAAUGGGACACUUUUCUCCUUUGAUCUUUUAUGGAGUUUGACGGUCCAUGGCAACUGUAGACGUUUUUCUAAUGAAAGACAUCUGGGUAAUUCAUUCUUCUAUACACCUUUUGUGUUCCAUGGAGAAUAGUCAUACAGAUGACCUGAGUGUGUAUACGGAUACUUCAUUGUGUUACCCUGUUGUAAUCUCUAUACAAUCUAUCGUGUAACUGCUUCUGGUUUACCAGUUUAGAGAUUAAAGAUGCUGUGUGUAAUUUUUUGGAGGAUCCAUUGACAGAAAGGCAAAAUAACAUGCAUAACUAUGUAUGAGAUC